AUGGGUUCGACAAAGGAUCUCGAGACAAAUGUCUCGUCGCCUUCUAUCUCGUCUACAGGGUCGUCAGAGCUAGAUGAUAAUUAUGAAGUUUAUCAGCAAACCCGUGGAUUGGAAUACACGCCUGAGGAGGCGAAGAAUGUUCUGCGAAAGAUUGAUGCAAGGUUAAUGCCGCUUUUAUUUCUUAUAUACUUAUUGCAGUACCUUGAUAAAAACAGUCUAAACUUCUCGUCGGUCUACGGGUUGAAAGAAGGCACACAUCUGAAAGGGCAGGACUACUCAUGGCUGGGGUCCAUCUUCUAUUUUGGGUAUCUGGUCGCACAGUGGCCGGCGGGAUUGGCUCUUCAGAAACUCCCAAUUGGGAAGUUUUUGAGUACCACGACUAUUGUCUGGGGAGGUCUAUUGAUGACAACCCCGGCCUGCUACAACUUCGCCGGGAUCGCAAUCAACCGCUUCCUUCUCGGAAUCUCCGAAGCCGUCAUUAACCCCGGAUUCGUCCUCAUGAUGAGCAUCUGGUAUACCUCAAGCGAGCAGCCUCUGCGCCUGGAGACUUACUACUGCACGAACGGCAUUGCCACCAUGUUCGGAGGCCUCCUCGGCUACGCCAUCGGACACAUCACAACCGGCCUCCCCAGAUGGAUGUAUGUCUUCCUCAUCUUCGGCGCGGUGUCAAUUGUCAUCGGCAUUGCAUCCUUUCUUUUUCUCCCGGAUCUCCCAUCAACAGCCAAAUUCCUCACCGACCGCGAAAGAGCAAUUGCCGUCGACCGUGUGGCAGUCAACCGACAAGGUGUAAAAAACCACCAUUUCAAAUGGUACCAGGUCUGGCAGGCAGCCAGAGACCCCAAAACAUGGCUACUGUUUGUCAUGGCUAUUGGGGCCCAAAUUCCCAACUCUGCCUUGACUAGUUUCACCUCCAUCAUCGUCAAAUCCUUUGGUUUCGACACCCUCGGAACCCAAUAUCUCCAAAUCCCCGGCGGAGCCGUCCAAUUCCUCACCCUUCUCUUCGGAGGUGUAGUUGCGACGAGAUUCAGCGACAAGUUCCAUUCGAGAUUCGCGUGUAUGAUAUUCGCCAACUUGGUUUGCAUCAUCGGCUCGGGGCUGCUCGUCGGCCUGCCGGACUCGAAUAAGUGGGGUCGUCUUGUUGCGCUCUGGCUGUGUUAUUUCCAAGGACUGGGAUUCAGUAUGAGUCUUACCGUCGUGAGUUCAAAUAUUGCCGGAUACACAAAGAAACAAGUGACGGGUGCCCUACUUUUUACGGGGUACUGUGUGGGAAACAUCAUUGGGCCGCAGACGUUUAAGAGCAGUGAGGCACCGGGGUAUCAUAGUGCCUAUAUUGCGAUGUUGGUUGGGUACGCGGUUAAGCUGACAUCGAUUACCGCUCUCUACCUUUAUAUGUAUUUGGAGAAUAAGAGAAGGGAUCGGGAAGAAUCUAACUUUGAGGGCGAUGAGAGUAAUGGUGUCGAAAAGGGCAUGCUGGAUCAAACGGAGAUCGACAACAAGACGUUUCGCUAUGUUUUAUAG